GGAGGGUUUUAUGGAACAGAAAAACGACAACGCGAGAAAAAUUAGUAUUUUGCACUUCAGAAAUUAAUGACCAUGAGUUCGUUUUUGAUAAACUCCAACUACGUUGAGCCAAAAUUUCCACCUUGUGAGGAAUAUUCUCAAAAUAACUACAUACCAAGCCAAUCUCCUGAAUACUACGAGCGGCCGCGGGACACUGGAUUCCAUCAUGAGGCACUAUACCCACAAUCAAACUACCCAGAGCCGACCUACAGCUUCAACAAUGUCCAAGGCACUGGCAACCAGGACAUGUCGCAAAGGGGUCAUAUGCAGUCGCAGACUAGCCUCCAAAAUCACAUACCGAGACAGAAUCAGCUUUGUGAAGUGGUCCCAGUAGCUACACCAGCAUUGUGUGGCCAAAAUGCGAAAAAUCCCACUGCCCAGAAGGGUACUCUCAGCAAAGAGCCCAUAGUUUACCCGUGGAUGAAGAAAAUUCACGUUACCACCGUGAACCCAAAUUACACUGGAGGAGAGCCCAAACGGUCUCGAACUGCUUACACGAGACAACAAGUAUUAGAGCUGGAAAAGGAGUUCCAUUUUAACCGUUACCUAACCAGGCGUCGACGCAUUGAGAUUGCACACACUCUUUGCCUGUCUGAACGCCAGGUGAAGAUCUGGUUUCAGAACAGAAGGAUGAAAUGGAAGAAAGAUCACAAACUGCCUAACACUAAGAUGCGUUCUGCUAGCUCAUCAUCUUCUACAAGCCAGCAAACACAAGUAUCCUCCCAGGGCCCACAGCCAGAUGGUUCAGCACCAAAUUCAUCAAGCCUAUAGCUGCUUCGAGUCUCCAACCCCUCUCCCACAACAUAGUUUGGACCAAAAUGUGUUCGCCACAUAAUUGACUUGAAUGUGGAAGGAUUUCUUGGCAAUGAGAAUUUUCUUCCAAAGGAAAUAUGCUGUUAACCUCAUUAGGGCCACGCAUUUCUAUUGUGUUAACCCAUUCUCAGCAGACUUUAAAAAUGUUUUACUGUUUCAUUGGGUACGUUCUGUAUCCUUCAAUAUCCCUACAUGAACCGAUGCUAAGUUCUGUCAAAGUGGCUUCUACCAUGAUAUUCAAAGCAAAAAGAGCAAAGGACCGUGAAUAAUAGAUAUUGUGAGGAACCGUAAGCGUCAUCAUUUCAACUAGUGUAGUCUGUUGAAAUAUUUGUGAGAAUAUAAGAAUAAACAUGUUUUAGAAAAUGAGAAGGGCAGCAAUAUUUGUGGAUGUGGAAAUGGUUUUUAGAGCAAAUAAACUGUUCAGAUGCUACAUAUAUAGGAAAUAAAUUAUGUCGCCAGCGUUAUUUAAGGUGUUUUCUUUAUUUUAAAUCUGUAUCCUCUAUAUAGUUGUGGUACUGAUAUCAGUAUAACGAAUGUGCAAGAAGCUUAUUCAGAGAUUUCAGACGAGUUGUAUAUUUAACAAUUUUGGUACAGUCCAAGUGUGACGAAACUGUACAAAUCAUUGGUAAGAUUUGUGUAUUUUCUGUGGAUAUUUCAGUGUGCUAUGUGCAGUGCCAAAUGUUCCUGAAACGAAAGACAUAAUUUACAGUGUAUAAACCAAAGCCCCAGGCUUUAAAUAAAACGUUAA